CGAUUCGCAUCUUCUAAAGGAUGCGAUCUACCUUAGUGAAAAUUUUUUCCCGAAUUUCCCGAGUUUCCGGUUUAUUAUUUUUCAUAUUUGGAUUUCAAAAUUUUGUUUCCAUUUAUGCAGCACCAAUCGAUUCCUCAAUUUCCUUUUCUAAAGAAAAUAGGGACUCUUCAGUGUCUCCUGAAUUAUCGGAAAAGAAUACUGGAAUUAUUGAUGGAAUCAGCUAUAGGCUUGACGCCUGGUCACAAUACGACAAUCCUGAGGAAGGAAAUGAACGAGAAGGAGAUAUUCACGAUUUUCCUGAAUCGAGGAAAACUACUACGAGAGACCGAAAACUUCUAUGGCCAAAAGGCGUAGUGAAAUAUUGGAUUCAUUCAUCUAUUCGAAAUGAACCAAAAAAACUUGAAAUAUUGAAAGAAGCGAUGGACACUAUCAUGGAAAAAACUUGCGUGAAGUUCAAAGAAAUAUUUCCAGAUGAAAAGGGUAGCUUUCCAUCAUCAUCUUGGUUAAACGUUACUGGAAACAAGAGAGGCUGUUUUUCAGAUCUCGGCCGUUCUAGAUUUGGUGCAAGUAAUUUAAAUCUGGAUCUUACAAGAUGUUUUCGAAAUAAAGGUCACGCAAUGCACGAAAUGCUGCAUACUCUGGGUGUCUAUCAUGAACAAAUGAGACCUGAUCGUGAUGAUCAUAUCAAGAUUGUGUGGGACAAUAUCAAAGAGCAUGACGUAUUCAACUUCCGGAGGUUGUCUAAUGAGAUAGUCACCACAUAUGGGUUACCAUAUGAUUAUGAUAGUAUCAUGCAUUAUUCGAUGACUGCUUUUGCAAAAAACAAAUCAAAACCAUCAAUUAUCCCAUUAAAACAAACAACUCCUAUUGGACAGAGAGAUCAUUUAUCUCUCAGCGACAUAAAAAAAUUGCUCAUCACUUACAAAUGUAAAAACAUUGAGUCUGUUUAUGAAAACGAAAUGAAAAAUUACGAUAGUGAUGAACUAAUCGAGGAAUAUGAACCAGAAGAGGCUGAAAAUUCUCCAACAGAAGCAUUUGACAAGGAAAAUUACGAAUUUGACGUUUGGUCUCUUUUAGAUAAAUUCAAUUUUUCAAAGUAUUACUUUUCUCCUUUUUAUGGAGACUACAUGUAUUAUCUCUAAAUUUUUUAAAUAAUUGUAGCACUCACUCUUAUAUCCGAAUUA